AGAUGGAUCACAUGUCUCCCAGGCUGAGAGCCUUUCUCUCUGAACCCAUUAGAGAGAAGGAUGUGGACUGGGUAGAUGGGAUCAGCCAUGAGCUUGCCAUCAAUUUGGUCACCAAAGGUUUCAACAAGGCCUACAUCCUGCUGGGACAGUUCCUUCUAAUGCACAAGAAUGAGGCAGAGUUCCAGAAGUGGAUCAUCUGUUGUUGUGGUGCCACAGAGUGUGAGGCCCGGCAGAGUUCCACCUGCCUGAAGGAGUGGUGUGCCUGCUUCCUGUAGACACCCCUGCCCUGGCCACACUGCCCAAGAU